CCUGUCCCCGCCAUUAGCAACCAGCCCCGCGGAAGAUUUCAGAUGGAAAGUUGCGUUUGACUCAUUCACCUCUCCUGCACAACUUGGAUAUUUGUCAACUCCAGGAGGAAGUUCGUGCUGCCGAAUUGCUCUGACAGAAGAGGCUGGAAUCCGAAAAUGGCACAAAAGGUCCACCUCCUUGACUAUGUCGCUGGCAACGUGCGCAGCCUUGUCAACGCCAUCGAGAAGCUCGGCUACGAGGUUGAAUGGGUUCGGUCGCCCGAGGAAGUCGCAAAUGCUGAUAAGCUCAUCCUUCCCGGUGUUGGCCACUUCGGCCACUGCCUUUCGCAGCUCUCUUCGGCGGGCUAUCUGCCCUUACUCCGCGAUCACAUAGGUGCCGGCAAACCCUUCAUGGGGAUCUGCGUUGGGCUGCAGGCGCUUUUUUCAGGAUCUGCCGAAGAUCCAGAUUGCCCGGGACUUGGCUUGAUACCUGGGAAGCUCGACCGAUUCGACCACGCGACGAAAGCGGUCCCCCACAUUGGGUGGAAUAACGCCUCUUGUCCUGCGAACCCGUCCCUCUACAGCUUGCGACCGGACUCAAAGUACUACUACGUCCACUCCUACAAAUACCCGUACACCAAGGGAGAACUCGAAGGUCUUGGCUGGGCGGUCGCGACUGGCACAUAUGGAGAAGAGACAUUUGUCGGUGCCGUGGCCAAGGGGAACGUCUUUGCCACGCAGUUCCAUCCUGAAAAGAGCGGCGUCGCAGGGCUACGAGUAAUUCGCGCAUUCCUGGAUGGGACAGGCGCCAAGGCCCUCGCGGAACACCCCGUCAAGGGGGUCGACGGUGGUGUGGACGAGAUGUUGGCGCGGGAGGGACUGACAAGGCGCGUCAUCGCAUGCCUUGACGUGCGCACCAACGACCAAGGUGAUUUGGUCGUGACAAAAGGGGAUCAGUACGAUGUCCGCGAGAAGUCGGCGGAUCGCUCUGUCCGGAAUCUAGGCAAGCCGGUGGAAAUGGCCAAGAGAUAUUACGAACAAGGAGCCGACGAAAUCACGUUUCUCAACAUUACAUCGUUUCGCGACUGCCCAGUCGCUGACUUACCCAUGUUAGAAAUCCUGCGGAGGACAUCAGAGACGGUGUUUGUUCCCUUGACAAUAGGCGGCGGUAUUCGGGAUACAGUAGAUGUCGAUGGAACCAAAGUCUCUGCGCUGGAAAUCGCGACCAUGUAUUUCAAGAGUGGUGCUGAUAAAGUGUCAAUCGGAAGCGAUGCCGUGUUGGCUGCAGAGGAGUACUACAGGGGCGGGAAAACAUUGUUUGGGGAUACAGCCAUCGAGCAAAUCAGCAAGGCCUAUGGCAACCAGGCUGUUGUCGUCAGCGUGGACCCGAAGAGGGUGUAUGUUCCCAAGCCGGAUGCUACACGCCAUGCCCUGAUCAAGACGAAGUUCCCCGGCCCCAAGGGGGAGGAAUACUGCUGGUACGCCUGCACUAUAAAGGGGGGCCGGGAGACGAGGGAUCUGGAUGUGGUUGAACUUACCCAGGCAGUCGAGGCUAUGGGCGCUGGAGAAAUACUACUGAACUGCAUCGACAAGGACGGUACCAACAGUGGCUUCGAUCUCGAGCUGAUCACACAGGUCAAGGAGGCAAUCAGGAUACCAGUCAUUGCGAGCAGCGGGGCUGGCAAUCCUGAGCAUUUUUGGGAAGUCUUCCAGAAGACGACAACCGACGCCGCCCUGGGCGCGGGCAUGUUUCACAGGGGCGAGUACACAGUCCAGCAAGUAAAAGCCUACCUCGGCGAGAAGGGCUUGACAGUCAGACAGUUCGAGGGAGACCUUUGACCAUACUGAAUAUGCUGGUGACGGGCAAAGUCCCUGCAAAUAUGUAGAAGAUACCAUAGUGUAAUGCUAUCCAACAGAUGCCCCUG